CGGGGUGCGGGAGAGAGAGAGAGACAUAUAUAUUUGUUUUACCUACGUGACUUUACCGAAAGAACCUAAGAGAGUGAGAGAUUCUAGAUUUGAAGCUUUCGUGACUGCAAGGAAUCAUACUCUUAGGUUUUUUCGGUAAAGUCACGUAGGUGAAACAUCAAAAUUAAUGAAAAUAAAAUAAAACAAAAAAUCACGACGUUUCGGAGGCAACACAAGUCUCCGUCAUCAGGUGGGACCGUCACAGCCGAAUUAGCUGCAUCAAGUAAAAAAACCUAAGAAUAGAAUAAGAGUGAGAGAUGUAUAAUAAACUCGGCCCCUUGCUAAGACGACCGCUUCAGAGACGUCUUAUUCAAAUCGACAACCCUCCGCUUCACUGCGGGCGCCAUGAUUGUAGGGGAACGACUUCGCUUUAGAAUCGCGACUGCACCGGUCUCCUCGCCCGUGCGCUGUCACUGCCGGGUGACGGCUCCGUCGUCGUCGUCCUCGUAGCAGCAGCGAUAACCACUGCCGCUGCUCACGAUGCCGACCACCUGCAAAUUGUCACCUUGCAGCUGUCGUUCUGCAUUCUACAUCAGCGGCCGUAUGAAGACGAAGACGAUGACGACUGGCGCGUUUGUCCCUUGGUAAGAUGGCCGUCCGGAGGACUCAGCAGCAACAACAGCAGCCACUGGGAGUGGUGGAUAUGACCAUGAACUCAAAGUGGGGGAACAGGUGAAGACUCGUAAUGCCACUUGGAGAUCGUCUCAUGUCCAGAAGAUAGUAGGCAUUAGAGUACUUAUGUAAGAAAAGUAUUUGUUUCAUUGCACGCAACUGUUUCAAAAUAAAAGCAGAACAAAAACUCUACUUGACUGUAUUCAAAUGAUACAAUAAAGACCGCAUUCUUAAAUAGCUGUAUUAUACUAAGAAGAUACAAAAUUAGACAUCCCCUCAUAUUUUUCAUUUGGCAUUACCAAAACUAAGCUGUGUUUAUCCACAACCUCUUUAAGAUAAUCCAUGUGGGGAAAAUAGAGUUGGCUCUGAGCUGCGUUGUGUCGCGACCCAUGCAUUGAGCAAUCCUCGUGGAGCCUCAUGGACGUGGAUGUCCCCUUGACCCGGGCGCCGGGCAUCAUGUCCAUGGAUCGCGGCUCGCUGGGGGAGACUGAGGACGACAUGACGGAGCACGAACGCAACAGCGCGGGCCUGAAUUCGUGCUGGCCCAUGUACCAAAGCAACUCGCACAUGAGGAAGGCCUUCAAGAUCAUGAACAGCUUGAGGAGGCAAGGUGUGCUAUGCGAUGUCGUCCUCGUAGCUGAUGGGACAGAAGUGGCUGCUCACAAGCUGGCACUGGCCUCAUGCAGCCCUUACUUUCAUGCCAUGUUCACAAGCGAGAUGGCGGAGAGCAAGGCGCAGAAAGUGGAGAUCAAAGAAGUGGAUGGCCGAGCGCUUGCCCUGCUCAUUGACUACGUGUACACAGCGGAGAUCCAGGUGACCGAAGAAAAUGUGCAGAUUUUGCUGCCUGCAGCGAGCUUACUCCAGCUGCCGGAGGUCCGGGAUGCCUGCUGUGAAUUUCUGCAGUCACAGCUGCACCCGUCCAACUGCCUGGGCAUCCGAACAUUCGCCGACAUACACGCCUGCUCCGACCUCCUGCAGCACGCCAACACCUAUGCCGAACAGCACUUCUCUGACGUGGUGCAGGCAGAGGAGUUCCUCUCACUAUCGGUGGAGCAGGUCUGUGACCUCAUCGCCAGCGACAGACUGAUGGUCCCUUCAGAGGAAAAGGUGUUUGAAGCGGUACUGGCAUGGGUGAACCACGACCGCGAGAAGCGACAGGAGCUGAUGGCUAGCCUCCUGGAGAAUGUGCGUUUGCCUCUGCUCUCUCGCGAGUACCUGGUGGAGCGUGUGGAGGAAGAGAGUCUGGUGAAGAACAACAGCACCUGUAAGGACUUCCUCAUCGAGGCCAUGAAGUACCACCUGCUGUCGAGCGAGCAGCGAGCGCUCAUGAAGUCGGACCGCACGCGACCGCGCACACCUGUGGGCCUCCCCAAGGUGAUGAUUGUGGUGGGUGGCCAAGCCCCCAAGGCAAUCCGAAGUGUGGAGUGCUAUGACCUCAAGGAGGAGAGGUGGUUCCAAGUGGGUGAACUCCCAUCCAGGCGCUGCAGGGCUGGCGUGGUGGUGCUCAACGGGAUGGUGUAUGCGGUGGGUGGCUUCAACGGCUCCCUGCGCGUGCGCACCGUGGACGUGUACGACGCGGCCAAGGACGUGUGGCUGGCGGCGCCCAACAUGCAGGACCGGCGCAGCACGCUGGGUGCCGCCGUGCUCAAUGGCGUGCUGUAUGCCGUGGGCGGCUUCGACGGCAGCACGGGGCUGGCGACGGUGGAGGCGUACAACUACAAGACCAACGAGUGGGUGCACGUGGCCUCCAUGAACACCCGGCGCAGCAGUGUGGGUGUAGGUGUUGUCGGAGGAAUUCUGUAUGCUGUGGGAGGAUAUGAUGGAGCUUCUCGCCAGUGUCUGGGCUCUGUGGAGGCUUUCAACCCAAUCUCGAAUGAGUGGACGUACGUAAAGGAAAUGAGUACUCGCCGCAGUGGAGCUGGUGUUGGUGUUUUGGAUGGACUGCUUUUUGCCGUGGGUGGACACGAUGGGCCACUGGUCCGGAAGAGUGUAGAGGUGUUCAACCCGCCCACCAACUCGUGGCGGCAGGUGGCCGAUAUGAACAUGUGCCGGCGGAAUGCAGGCGUGUGCACGGUGAACGGGAUGCUGUUUGUGGUGGGCGGCGACGACGGCUCAUCCAACCUCUCGUCAGUCGAGUUCUACAACCCCAGCGCGGACUCGUGGACCCUGCUGCCCGUGAGCAUGAGCACAGGCCGCAGUUAUGCAGGUGUUGCCGUUAUAGACAAGCCAUUAUGAUCAACAACAGGUCCAAAGGCAUUCUUAACACAUCUGAGGAGCGGGAAUAACCAUUCCGAAAAGGAUGGGUUGUUCUUAAAGCCGCUCCGAGGCUAAGUACAUCGCAUGGUUGUCAGCUCGUGAAAGCGACACGCCCUCUCGGCGCGUACAAAGCGGAAGAAACAGGACAUCACUGCCAAGCAGGUGCCUCCUAGGGUCAAGUUGACAAGAGAGUGGUGGUUAUCUUAAACACCACUGUUACGUGUGAUUAUAUUAUCGAUGAUGGUGAAAGGUAACAUGACUUGGGACCAUUUUUUGAGCACACCUUUUCAGAAAUGGAAAAUGGUAACCGUGCGGAUUUUUUACGAGUCGAUAAACACGAGUGUUCAUGGCCACUAAUGAUCAGGCAUGGAGCUUUUAGAAAUGUUCGUUGGUUUUGUAAAUUUAUAUAAGCUUUCUACAAGUUUUGUAUGCAAGAGACGUGGCAAAUAAACACUGGCUUUGAUUUGUAUGUUGACAUUUAAAUCAUGAACAUCAUUUGCAUGUUACACCAUUACCAAUAUACAUUUUAUAUAUUUUUUUUAUAACCAACAAAGGGAUUCCGUACCUAUAAACGUGUUUUUUUGUUGAAGUAAAUGAUUGAAUCGUAUUGAAAUUGACCCAAGACAGUAGUUUGCAAGAAAUUGUUAGGAUUUGAAAUUGCAACUUUUUGCAUGGCUAGUUUUUUGAUACAAACCUUUUAAAUCUGACAUUUAAUUUGGAAUUGGGUUUCUUUAAUAGUUUCCCUAUCUCUACGUUGCAUUAAUAAAUUUCACAUUGUAAGCAUGCAAUUCCACUUCAGUGGCUAGUUGCAAAUAAUAUCUCACGUGACAUUUUCUCAGUUUUUAAUCCUAACCAGUACAAACUCAGGAAAAUUGUCACUGAUAAGGUCUGUUCUGCACUCAGCCACAGGCCUUAAUUCUAUUUUGAUGCGUAGAUUUGCCAAAGUAGACAUUUACUGUAUAUUUGAAAAACAUUCAAACUUUCAUACUUUACUGUUGAGUAAGUGAAAUAAGAAUGUUGGGAGCCUGUGAUGUGGACUUAUGUAAGCUAUAUUGACAUUCCUUGUUUAUUGUAAGAUUAGUAUUUAUUUGUAAAUUAUUGCAAUCUGUGGCAAUGUAUAGAAUAUACAAAAUAUUUUUUCCCGAACUUAUUGCACAACUUUAACCCUUUCCAGUAGCAUUUAAAAAGUUUAUUUUAUAUUUUUAUUUCUAAAUAUAUGUAUUGUGCCCAUUUAAGGUGCUUUAGUUUAGCGGGUUAAACGUGCUCCAAAAUUUCACGUUUUCAAAUGAAGUACAUUCAGCGAUUUGGCCUUGGCAUGAACCUUAAAGUGCACGUAUGUUCCAGUCUCGACGAUCGUGAAGUGGAGGUUAGUGCUGUGCCGUAUACAGCGCCACUGCGGGCGGUUGCGGUCUCCAAGUGGUGACUCGUUACGAUGCAUGCUCGGCUGCCAUGUUUAUGUAUUAAAUGCUGUGUGCGCAAUUAAUCACAUGCGCUAGCAACAUUUGUUAUUAGCAUGCAAACAAAGUUAUAAUUUAUCAAGUAGAAACUUGUGCAUUGUUCUGCGUGCAUGUUUCUUUAACAAGGCAAUGAAUCAUCCUCGAUUAAGGUGUUUCGUAUAUUGGUGGACCUUUUUUCCUGCAUCUCUACUCCGAGAUGAAUGAACAUGCCCCAUAGCCAUCUCUCAGGAUGACCUCUAACGUGGGGCAACCCCAACUUUAAUUUACAUGCACCUUCGGACAAACAACAUUCCUCGAAACGUGCUGUUUUUCAUGCAAGUGUAAGCAGUAGUAAUGCUCCAUUCAUUAAAAUGUAUUCUUACAAUCUAAAUGUGCAUGUGGUAAUAGCUUAUUUUCACUCGCGUAUGUUUACACCGCUAUAGAACAUUGAUACUUUAUAUUUAGAAGCACCACCAAAAAAGUAAUUUGUAAAGCAGAUCAUGACCAAAUCGUGGAAGAGUCAGUCUUUACAUCUUUCGUAGGCUAUGAUUCAUAUUCUAAUUAGCUGUAAUCAACCAAUUGAAACUGCAUGCAAAAACUGAUGAACAGUAUGUUUUUCCGAUUUCCAAUUUUAUUCCAAUGGUAUUGCCGUUGAAUGUUUUGAUUCAUAGUAUUUAUUAAAAUCACUCCGAUAACGGCCCACAGAAGAUAUUUUCGAACUGCUUUACAAAUCCCUUUAAAGAGACCAUUAUCCAGUCGAGGGCGCACUUGCCCAUGUGCCGUGCUACCGAAACGUACAUGUCACCUGGAAGUCAAAUCGAGCUGUAAUUUAGCCACAUUUAUUGAAACUCCCAGAUGAAUUGAAUUAUUUGUGCAGGCAUUGGGACCAGGCUGAGACCAUCAACUCAUUGCACUUGAUUACCCAGUGUAAUCUUAAUUUUCUGCCCAGGUGUCAGAGGUGUUAUUUCAGUGCUUUGGCCCCUGAACCACUCAAAAAAUGUGUACAACCUUGUUCUUCGAUUCCCUGCUGUCUUCUGUGAGAGACGAAUUGGGCUGAAUGAAACAUUUUCACCUGUGCCUGUCUUUCACCAGCUUCACGGCUUCCUUUUCGCCCUUAUAGUUCUUGAUGCCAAUCCAGGGCAUCAUUUGACCUCUUUAACUAAAUUGGUUAUUUUUAUGUAAAAAGAGUUCGUGAUAGAAUGGCAAGUUGGCUCAUGUUGGAGCCUGAGGCUCAUUCGGAUGUUACAAUGCAGUUAUUUGUACACGUUUGCUAUGUGUGAAAGGAUUGUACUGACAGGGAGUUGCAUUUUUGCAGUGUGGACAAUGCAUGCAUGCAUAGUUGCACAUCUUCAUUGACUGCUGUUAGCAUCUAUUGAUAUCCCUCACUACUACGACAUGCAAAAUGGCUUGUAGCUUAGCCUCAGAUUAUUUUUUGGAAAAUACAUUUGCAAAUAAAAAAAUCAAUAUGUAUUUGCCUUCAGCGACACAAUUAAAAUCUAUGAUUUUAAUUUAAAAUAAUUAAAUAACAUAUCCUUUUGAAAUUGUUCCGGAAAUACUUCUAGCAACAAAUUUACAACUGUGUUUUAGAUAUUUAAUUGCCUUUAAUGACUCGUUGUUGGCACACUCAGUCCGUAGCUGUGUAGUUAUCUGACCUUGUUGAUUGGUAAAGUUAAAUAAGUGAUAAUGUUACAAUACUAAGGGCUCCUUUGUUCAACGCCAAAUGCACUCUGUUAAACCGAACAUUCAGCUGUAACGGUAUAUCAUCGUUCAAUAUAAAUAUUUAGAGAGAGAAAAUAUUCCACUAAAUUAAUAUUAUCCUCAAACCAUAAAGGGUAGUUCUAAUAAAUAGCUGGCACGGCAGUUUUUUAAGAUACUGUGUAUUUUUUUUUACAUUUGUAUGCCAUGUGAAAGCAGUGAAAUUACAUGCAUGAAAUGGCUUAUGAAAUCACUGCCAGAAACAUUCACGUUCUUGAUUCAUACGUGCUUAAGUACAAUUUUCUACUUUUUAAGAGAUUCAAAAACAUGUGUAAGCUGUAAUGCAGUUUUGAUUGAAGUUCAAUAAACUCUUUACACAUUU